AUGCCGCGAAUUACCCAAGACCCUACAGGCCAGGCAUGCCCUGACUUCACCAGCCCAACCCACGCCGCCGUAAGGCUUGCAAUGACGGCAGGUGGAAUCCUCAGCGACGCGGACGCAGCAGAACGCUUGGCGACAGCGUGGACCCAAAUGCACACGCAGGAGGUCGACGCCUGGGAGGUACAAGCCCAGGCUGACGUGGCAGAACAAGAAGAACAGCGAAGGCUGGCAGACGCAGACGAGGAGAGGCUCAGAGCCGAAGACGAACGUCAGAAGGAAGACGAACGGAAGGAGCUGGAGAAGAAACGUCCGAAGAUCAAUGACUUCGACGACGACAAAAUGGUAGGAGAUUUCGUCAUGCCCCGUCCGUCACAGUUUGCUGUCGGCAAGUUGAAGUCUUACAGCUUCAUCGAACUCUGGUACUUCACCGAGGAAGGUUGCUCUGAGGCUCAAGAAACCAACAGGACCCUACCGGAAGAUGCAUACGGCAUCACGCGGGUCGACGACCUAGUCGCUUUGAAGCCGGUCACCGCCUUUAAAGCCUCGAAAAACGCCAUCCCCGACGCUGACCUCACCUGGAGGCAGAUGAACAUCGGUAAGAACACCAUGCUCCGUUACAUGGAAACAUGCGACUGGCCCCGGAAGCACAUAGAGUCGUUUGCCAGGUUUUACUUACAUUUAGAGCUCGACCCGAUGCGUUCGCGCCCCAAUGGAGAACGGGUACUGCUCACCUACCAGGCUAAGGUCAGACGCCAAUGGCACGACGACCUCUCUCGAGGCCAAGGCUUCAACAUAGCCCAGAUAAACCACACGCUCCUCGCGUCCGUCGCUGAGGAGGUAUGGGACACGAUACGUUUAGACGCCAUGAGGAAGGUUAGUAAUUUAUUCAUAUGCUUAUGA